AGCGCACCUUACUCAGAUUCUCUCAUCAAAAACCAUCGUUGAGUAAAAUUCAUUGCGAGAGUUUAGUGAAACUGAUCAACAAUGUAUAGCUUGCAAGCCCUUUCAGCGAGGGGGGGCUCUGCCUCUGCCUCGGCCUCUUUCACAGCUGAACAGCCAAAUCAGAUUUGUGUAGAGAGGCGUCAUAAUGUUCAUGUUGAGCCAUUGCAUCCUCUUCAACUGCGCCCGCUCAAUUGGCAAUCCGUGAGACCCAAACAAGUGACCGACCCUCUCAAUGAAGCCGUCCGCGCAAGGCUGAUCAGAAGCUGCUCAUGCUCAGAUGAUGUUCAGCCUGAUUACAGCACUAGUGGAAGUGAUCACGGCAUCGAAUCUGACAUGAGAUUUCUUGAGGAGGACCAACAAGACGUCGAAGGAUGCGCCGACUCUUUGCAUGACAACGGAAGUGAUGACGAGAGCCCCGCUGAUCAACUUUUCUUGGAAGACCAGUUACGAGACAUAUUAGAGCGUGUGUGCUCCUCUGUUAAACUGGAGGAGCUGGUGCUACGAGAUGUGAGAAAUGCUCUAGGAGUGACGGAUGCAUCAAAUGCUAGCCUUUCUACUGAGGAAGCUGAGAACCACGACAAGAGUUACUUGCGGCGCUUCGUAAUGAGUAAGCUGCGAAACGCAGGAUACAAUGCGGGCAUUUGCAAGUCACGAUGGGAACAAACGAGCGGCUGCCCUGCAGGUGAUUAUGAAAUGAUCGAUGUAGUUAGCGACAAUCAUCGUUUGAUAGUCGACAUCGAUUUCAGGGUGCAAUUCGAGAUAGCGCGGCCUACGGCGGAAUACGGGCGUCUCGUAGAGCAGCUUCCUGCGAUGUUCGUGGGAGAUGCGGAAAAGCUCCGUGACGUCAUCAGGACAAUGUGUCAGGCGGCGAAGUUAUCGGUGAGAGCGAAAGGAAUGGCCCUGCCGCCGUGGAGGAAGUUUGGUUACGUUGCAGCAAAGUGGUUGGGUCCGUACAAGCGCAGUACGAACGUCAAUGCAGUUGCAUGCAUGGAUGAGCAGAAGCUUGUUGUGAGAGAAUUUAGUGGCAUCGCCGCCUUCAAAGGAGUACGUUGCCACUGGGACGCCGCCUUCAUUCACCAAUUGGAGUUGCAUUUUGAAAAGGCCGUUAGAGAAGCCAACAGAGCUGCCCCAAAAAAACGGCAGCCGCAACAUGAGCAGACUUUGUUAAAUGAUCUAUUUGUAAGCAAGGGUAAAACAAAAUCCGGAUUGAAUAAUGCGGUAAGGACUUCCGGCUUGGCCGCCGCGCUGGCAGAGGCAGCAGGUCACAUGGAUGGGGAUAACAUGCAUUAAUUCAGUUAAUGUGUGGCAUCAGUGCCUAGCGCUUGUAAUUUAGUUUGAGUUUUUUUCUGUUUAUAAAUUUGCUUACAAUUUAUAUGUAAUAGUAAUAUAUUCUAUUGUACUUCUCAUGGCUCUUAA